AUUCACAGACAAAGACAAUUAAGGAGCCAUGGCUGUUGCAAAUUUCCAAUACAUAACUCGGAUGAGCAGUGGUUUCAAAGUCUACAUCUUGGAAGGUCAGCCCAACCUAAGAAGUGAAGAUAGAUUCAGGCAUAUGGCCAAUGAGAGAGUUCGAGUGCCCCCAGUGCAUCCGGUCAAACGCAAGCACAGCUUUGAGUGUGGUCUAACAUUGGAAGAAAGGCGAGAAAGGGCACAAAGCAGGAGCAACAUGAGAAGGCCAUCUGUGUUUAGUGUUCCCCAGAGUCCCACAUCCUCCUGGAGCCCAACCCCUAGCCCCACAGGUCAUCUGCCCUGCCAUGUGUAUCCCACACCACCUAUCGAUGAGCCACUGGACCUAAUUAAGAAACCAAGGAAAGAGCCUGAGAGGACAGAGGAGAAAACCAAAAGCACUACAGCCAUCAAUCAGAUGCGUCCUUCUGUGAUCACCUGUGUGUCCUCCACAAGAAAGCCCACCUGCAGAUCUGAGGUCGGCAGCAGUAGCCACUCCUCCACAGUGUUAUCUAAGCACAGCUAUGACCAUGUGGUGGAGGAACAUUUCAAGAGAAGCCUGGGGAUGGACUACCAAAUGGCCAGCUCCCGCCAGCUCUCCAUCAGCGUCUCUGUGGAUGACCAUUUUGCCAAGGCCUUGGGAGAAAAGUGGUUUCAGAUCAAAUCGAAAUCCUCCUCAUGCUCCUCGUCUACAUCCUCUCCACCCAGCAGCCCAAGUGUCACUCACUCCCCCAGCUACGGCCACAGCCCAAACCAAGCUCCCAAAGAGUCUCCAAGUACCACCACUCCCACCUCCAACUUCUGGCCAGUCAAAUAAAACUACAGAGAGCUUUCCUGGAGAAAGAGUGAACUUUGAGACAUAGCAUUUAAUGCGAUACAGCGGCAGAUCCAUGCUUUUCAAGGAAUAAGAGCACCAAGGAGACAACGUUGGUGAAAGUGUAGACUCGAGAACAGGAAUGCAGGAAUACUAAGUUACUCUAUAUGGUUGAACCAUUGAGUGCAUCUCCAUGAGUCUAUUCCCUGCCAGUGGAAAGGGGAGUUAUUUCAAUUUCAGGGGACAAGCAAAUGUUGCAGUGAUGUCUUUAUUCCUCAAUUUCUGUCCCAGCCUGUCCCAGCCUUUUCAAUAGCAUAUCUAUCUCUGAAUAGAUGGUGAUGUGGGAGGAUAGUUGGAGAAAAGAAAUGUGCCAUUAUAUUUCAUUAAAUGUGCCAUAUUUCAUUUCAUUCGGUGAAGAUGCCACUACUUUCGUGAUACUGUAUUUAUACUAUAUGUUUUUUAACGAACCUGGAUCCUAUUUUCAGUCUAAUAAAUUAUCUACUGUAUAUAGUGAUAACAAAUUCACCAAAUCUGUUCAAUACAGUAACUUCAUGUUUUUGUAUAAACUAUGGACAACUCAAAAAGAAAAACCUAUUUGUGUUGGGAUAUUGCAAGUUAUUCCAUUAGCUUGAUGAAUUAAAACUUAAGCUAACCUUAUUCUUGUAUAAAAAAUAAACCUGGAGAUUUCAG